UUGGAAUUCAAGUCGCUACCCCCUUUUCUCCUACCAUUUAUUGCAGUAUUAUGGGCUCGCAUAGUUUAAGCGAACAUUCAGACGAAGGCUUCGAGGAGAACGAUGCACUGGAAGUGGGCGGUGCUGUCGGUAAAAUUGUGUCGCGCUUCAUCGAUCGCGUCUGCACCGAGGGCGGUGUAACCUCCGAGCACAUACGCAAUCUGCAUGACAUGGUGCCUGGUGUGGUGCACAUGCACAUUGAAAUGCUGGAAUCGGUGUAUCUGGAGUCCAAACGGCAUCCACAUGUGCAGAAGCCGAAGAUACAAACGCCAUGUCUGCUGCCAGGCGAGGAGAUUGUAACAGAUCACUUGCGCUGCUAUCUGAUGCCCGAUGGGCGCGAAGAUGACACACAAAGUUGGAUACCAGCCGAAGGUGCACUGUUCUUAACAAACUAUCGCAUCGUGUUCAAGGGUUCACCCUGUGAUCCACUCGCUUGCGAACAGACCAUCAUACGCGCCUUUCCCAUCUCCUCGCUGCUGAAGGAGAAAAAGAUCUCAGUACUUUACCUAUCGCAUUUAGAUCAAACUCUGCCAGAGGGUUUACAGUUACGCUCCAGCACCUUUCAGCUAAUGAAAAUCGCAUUCGACACGGAGGUGACACCAGAAAUGAUUGAGACUUUCCGCAAAAUACUCACGAAGGCGCGGCAUCCGAUCGACGAAUUCGAACACUUCGCCUUCCAAUCGUACGGUACCAUAAUGCAUGGCACUGCACCAUCUAAAACCAAAGAAAAAUACUCAACACUAAAGGGUUUCGCUAAGAAAACAAUUUUACGCAAAUUCAAACAAAAAGCACCAACUAAACGCAAAUUGGUUGCUUCGACACUCGAUUUUGAUACGCUCGCACCAUCGACGGAAGCCAUCGAUACACAUUCUCUUGACGAUGAACUCGAAGAUGAUGAGUUCGAAACAAAUACGGACACCAUGCCACGCCUGCUGACCGCCAAGGAUGUAGAACGCAUGCGGGAACGCAGUUAUGUGCGCGAUUGGAAGCGUUUGGGUUUUGAUGAUGCACAAAAUGGCUUCCGCAUAACCACUGUGAAUGCCAAUUACAGUCUCUGUCGUUCGUAUCCUGCACUCUUGGUAGCACCUGUGCAAAUAAAUGACGCCGCACUAUUACAUUUGGUGCGCUGCUACAAGAGUCAACGCAUACCGGUGGCGACGUGGCGUCACCGCAAUGGUGCUUUGCUGAUAAGAGGCGCGCUGCCACACAGCAAGUCGGUUAUCGGCAUGCUUAAAAACUCCACGGGUUCGAACACGAUGUCACACGACGUCGCCAACUAUCACGAACAGGAUAAAUACAUUUCAGCGCUCAUUGACUCAAUGCCGAAAAAUCUCUCUCUAGCAUUGGCGCAAUACAAUUUGACCGGCAUGAAUUUGUCAAUGAAUUCGUUGCUAUUGAACGCUGGGGAUGAGUCGUCCUACCUUAACCGCGCAGACACUUCACUGACGCCGGAAGUUAGUCGCAAACAUAAGUCGGCACAUUCAGCGAGCAGUGAUGCGAAAUCAAAUAACUGGACCGAUUCGUUGAAACCAAAAUCGAAUACAAUAAAAAACAACUCAUCAGUCUCAGCAGCUGCGUCAGCGUAUCGAAAGUUGCGGCUGUAUGUUUUAGGUGAAAAAUCUCAAACAAAAUCUGGCAUCAAUGCAGAUCUCUGCGCCGAAUUCAUAGCCGUCGACUAUGCUGACUAUCGGCAAUCACGCAUCGCUUUCAAGAAGCUUAUGCGCGCAUGCCUACCCUCGAAUACAACCAACGAAGCGGAUCAAACGUUUGCCAAAAGCGUUGAACAAUCCGAGUGGCUGCAACAAAUCUCUUCGCUUCUGCAGCUUUCUGGCGCUGUGGUCGAUUUAAUGGAUUUGCAAGAGUCAAGUGUGAUGCUCUCGCUGGAGGAUGGCUGGGAUAUUACCGCGCAAAUAUCUUCGAUUGCACAACUAUGUCUCGAUCCAUACUAUCGCACAAUGGAGGGCUUCCGUGUACUCAUCGAGAAGGAUUGGAUUGCAUUUGGACAUCGUUUUGCACAUCGUAGCAAUUUAAAGCCAACGCAUGGCAAUUCGAGUAUAGCAUUUGCGCCAACUUUCUUGCAAUUUUUAGAUGCUGUUUACCAAAUACAAAAACAAUUUCCAAUGGCAUUUGAAUUCAAUGAGUUUUAUGUACGCUUCUUGGCUUACCACAUGGUUUCGUGUCGUUUUCGCACUUUUCUCUUUGACUGUGAAGUGGAACGUUUCGAUUUGGGUAUCGCUUCUGUAGAGGAUAAACGGGGUUCAUUGAGCACCAAACAUCACAUGCUAGCUAACACCGGUUCCGAUGACGAGUGCAUCUACCCCAUGGACGUACGCAGCAAGGCGGCACAAUCUGCGGUGAAUUUCAAUCGCAUCGGUCACUCCAUCUUCGACUACAUCGAACGUCAGCAUGCGAAGUCACAGAUUUUCUACAAUUUCAUGUACUGUGUACGCGACGAUGUACUGCGUCCGCAGAGCUCUUUGCCUGCCCUAGAUCUCUGGCCCUACUACACCAACGAAGAGUUGGCGCAGGGUCCACCGUACGAUCUGGAGUUGACAAAUGCCGAUGAUGAAAUUGAUCUCUCCGAGUUGCGUGGCAAACGAAUUGUUAUUAGCGCUGGCUAUGAUAAUAUCGAAAAGAGUAACCCCAAUGCAUUUGUUUGUCUAUUGAGUGAUGUGCGACAAGCGGAAACCGAACGUGGCCAUCUGCCACAAAAAUGGUUGCAAGUGUGGGAUCAAUUGGAGGUACCCCAAAUGGAAGAGCUGACGCGCAAGUCAUCGUUGAGUAGUAUUCUAUUGCAAUCGCACGGAAAAUUAGCGCACAAACGUUCCACUUUGGAGAUACUCAUGAAGGGUCGCUUAAGUGGCUAUCAGGAUAAAUUCUUUCAUCCACAUCGUUUCGAGAAGCAUCCCUAUACAACACCCACCAAUUGCAAUCACUGCACCAAGCUGCUAUGGGGUCCAGUCGGUUAUCGCUGCAUGGACUGUGGCAAUUCUUAUCACGAAAAAUGCACCGAGGUGUCAUUGAAGAACUGCACCAAAUAUAAGGCCGUGGAUGGUGUAGUGCCGCCAAAUGUCAACAUAUCGCAGGGUGACACCUCAAGUAUAGCAUCGAGUGCCGCUACAACGGCGCGUACUUCAAGCCAUCAUUUCUACAAUCAAUUUAGCAGCAAUGUGGCGGAGAAUCGAACACAUGAGGGGCAUCUUUAUAAACGCGGUGCCCUCCUGAAAGGCUGGAAGCAGCGUUGGUUUGUGCUGGACUCCAUAAAACAUCAACUGCGUUAUUAUGAUUCUGGCGAGGAUUCACAAUGCAAAGGGGUUAUAGAAUUGGCCGAAGUGCAAUCAGUUACGCCAGCGCAACCAGCACAAAUUGGUACGAAGCGCAUAGACGAGAAGGGCUUCUUUGAUCUGAAGACCAAUCGGCGCACCUACAACUUUUAUGCGGUUAAUGCGAAUUUAGCACAAGAAUGGAUUGAGAAAAUUCAAGCUUGCUUACAGUAAAUGAAUUUAGCUGCUCAUUGGGAGCAUUUCCUCAUACAUAUUUCCGUUUCUUGCGUGUAUUAUUUUUUACGUAUAAAUAUUUUAGCUAAGCUAAGCUUAACAUAGAAAAAAAAAAUUUAAUUAAACUACAAAAAAUGGACGACCAAAUGAAAUAAGUAUAAAUAAAAAAAUAUAUAGCGUUAUACUCAAAGUUUAGCAGCGGUAAUGAAGCGAAAAACAAAAACAAAAAUAUACAAAAUUAAAUAUACAAUACAUUAGCAUUAUUUAAGCAAUUAUGUUUAAGAAACUUUGUGUGUGAUUAUUAUUUUCUGCUUCGCUUUUUGUAAUAUUUUUUUUUUUUUAAAGAAAUCAAAUGAAAUAUUUUAUACUUUAAUUACGCUGCCAACAGCAAAUAAAAAAAUAUUAAUCGUUAGUAGAAAAAAAAAUAAAAAUUAAUUAAAUAUACAUAAAUAUCGACGCUCUCCCAUCUGUGUGCGUAAGUGUGUGUAUGCGCGCGCAUAUUGUAUUUACAUACAUACUUGCAUACUACAUAGUAUAAAUUAGCUUUGGCUUCAAUUUCUGAUUAUCUCUUUACGAAAAACGCAAUUUCUCUGUAGUACUAGAUGACAUUGCGCUGCAUUUGUAUGUCCUGUAUAGUAGUAUAUACAUAAUAAAUGAGUUAUAGAUCGAUUAGUCUAAUUAUUCUUAUAAUAAUUAUUAAAAGUUUUUUUUUUACUAUUUAAAAAACAUAUUUUAUAGACAAGCUGCAAUUACCCUGUAUUUAAUAGAGAGGUGAGUUUUGAAAAUUACUUUUUUCUAUAUUUCAAUAAAUAUGCAUACAUACAUAAACAAAAAACGCCUAUAAGUAAAUGUAUACAGAGAUGGGCAGCUAAAUAGAGCCAAUAUUUAAUUGUGUAGAUAUUUCGAAAUAAAUUGCAUAUUUUACAAAUCAACCGAAAUGUAUAACAGCAGGUGUAAAAACGCGUGUAAAGAAAUACAUGAAAGAAAUUGUUGUGCUCUAUUUGGUGGUUAACCUCUGUACACAAUAAAAUAUACAUACAAAAAACCUUGUGUACCAAAAGAUAUUUGAAAAUGCUUUUCCGCAUGCUAACCUAAAUGUAAAAAAAAUACAUAACAUAAAUACAUACAUAAAUAACUUAAUAAAUAGACUUUUUCAAUGUGAUCAACCGAUUAAAUACUAAUACAUACAUACAUAUAUACAUACAUACAACAAGAAAGUUAAAUUUAUAAAUAAAUAGCAUA